GAGCAGAGCUGAACCGAGAUCGGCAUCGCAUCUUGCCUGACUAGUAGAGAUCAGCAUCCAUGUUGCGCGGUCCGGGCUUCCCGGUGCAGCUGCUGGUGGUGAUUGGUGCUGCGGUGCAUCAUGCUCAAGGGUUGUAUUCCAGCAGCUCGCCAGUCAAGACGCUGACGGCAGCCAACUUUCAGCAGGAAGUCACCAAGAGGUCAGUCACACAACACACGCACCCAGACACACACGCAUACAGUACACGUCAGGUGUGGUGUUUCUUCGUGCUGUUCGGUUUGGUCUGGUUGGUGCGGUCAGCGAUGACUUGUGGCUGAUAGAGUUCUUCGCGUCAUGGUGUGGACACUGCAAGCAGUUCGCCCCCGAGUACGAGAAGGCCGCCAAGGCGCUCAAGGGCAUCGUCAAAGUGAGCGACCGACAGACAGACACAGACACAGACACACAGGGCUCAGUCGGCCUCCUUCCGUCUCAUGUGCACGUGUGUGUGGGUGGGAAUGUGUGCAGGUGGGUGCGGUGGAGGACCAGUCUGUGAUGGGCCAGUUCGGCGUGCAGGUAUUUAUGUGUGCAUCGACACGCUGUCUGUCUGUGUGUGUGUGUGUGUGUGUGUGUGUGGGUUGGCGCCCUCCCUCCUCCUCAGAGGCAGACAGACUGACUCUCAUGUGUUUGUUACAUGUGUGUGUGGGUGCAGGGCUUCCCCACGGUCAAGUUCUUCGGCGAGAACAAGAACGCCCCCAAAGACUACAACGGGCAGAGGACCGCUGCCGGUACACAGAUAUCUCCACUCCCCUACACACAUCCACAGACACACACGAGACGUCUCGAUGUGUGUCGGUCGGUUGUGUAUGCUGCGAGUGUAGGUCUGAUUGACUACGCCACCCAGCAGCUCAAUGCCAUCGCCAAGGCACGACUGAGCGGAAAGGUAGACAGUUCACAGACAGACAGACAGACAGACAGACAGCCGGACAACUACACAGGCACACAGACCAGGACGACGUCCGUGUGCUGUGCGUGUGUGCAUAUAGGGCGGCAAAGGUGGUGGGAAGGGGUCGGCAGGAGGCAAGAGCGAAGUCGUCGAACUCACAGACAGGUGGGUGAGGGCCUCAACGAAACGGACGGCAGAAAAGGAGCGCCUGUUUCUGUCGAUCGACAUGCUUUCGCGCAUUUUCCGUCUGUCUGUCUGUCUGUAUGUCAUUGUAUACGGCAGCAACUUUGACAAGACCGUUAUGGCUGACGACAAGAACACCUGGUUUCUGGAAUUCUACGCACCAUGGUCACACACAUACCAUACUCACACACAUCACAUACACGUCACGUCGACACAGACACACUUGGUGUGUGGUCGUGUGUGUGUCAGGUGUGGUCACUGCAAGGCGCUGGCGCCGGCGUGGGAGGAGACGGCGUACAACCUGAAGGGCAAGGUCAAGGUGGCCAAGGUCGACGCCACGCAGGAGAGGGCACUCGCAUCACGAUUCGGAAUACAAGGUGGGAAGCGCAUGUAGAGGUCACCCAUCGCACAUCCAUGUGUGUGCCUCUUCGUGUUUCUGUGUACGGCUUACAGGCUUCCCGACCUUGAAGCUCUUUCCCUCGGGCAAGAAGAUGGAAUCGCUCGUCCAAGACUACGAAGUAAUACACACACACACACACACACACAGUGCAGGACAAGGUGCAGACGCAAUUCUCUCUGUGUUUUGUGUGUGUGUCAGGGCCCCCGAACGGCCGAGUCGAUGACAGAGUAUGCGCUCAAAUUCUUCGUCGCAAAUGCCAAGGUGAUCCGGUCCACUCACGCACGGGUGGCUCGUAUCUGUCUCUGUGAGUGCAGGCGGAACAGCUGACGACCGACGAGCAGUUCAAAGUGAGCUGGCUUUGCUGAUCGACCAAGUCACAUGUGCAUCCUCACAUGUGAUGCGUGUUAGGAUGAGUGCAAGAAGGGCCUGUGUAUCCUCGCAUUCCUCCCACACAUACUCGACAGCAAGGUAGGCACUGACUGGUGGCCACACUUCUUCCUACAUGCACACGCCUACAAGAAUACGGUGGGUUCAUUGUGUUGUGUGGUGUGUGUAUGUUGUGUGUGUUUAGGCGUCAGGCCGCAACCAGUACUUGGACGACCUGAAUGCUGUGGUCAAGUCGUCCACAACCAUGCCCGUCAAGUUCUUCUGGUCGCAAGGUACCCACACCCGACUACCGACAGACAGACCGCAUUCUUGAGUGUGCGUGUGUGCGUCAUCUCAUCUCGACAUGAGUGUGUGUAUGUGUGCAGGUGGCGACCAGUUUGAGUUUGAGGAGCAGCUGCGGCUGGCAUUCGGAUACCCCGCUGUCAUCGCCGUCAACUUUGACAAAGUCAGCGAGAAAUGAAGUCCCGACACACACGGAUGUCUGAUUGAUGCUCCGUAUGUGUGCGCAGGAGAAGUAUGCGGUUCACAGGGGCGGCUUCAACACGGAGGCGCUCAGGCAGUUCCUCACAGGACUCAUGGUGCGUCAGGGGAGGGGAGAGAGGGGGUGAGGUUCUCCACCGUUGCUCAUGUGUACUGCCGUGUGUGUGUGUGUGAUGGUCAUCAGUCCGGCCGUCAGCCCGUUGACCCGCUGCCGAAGCCGCUCAAGACACUAGACAAGGUCAGCCAGCCUGGCAGCCAGUCCGCCAAUUGAUGAGUCGACGUGUGCGUGUGUGUGGUGUGCAGGUGAAGCCAUGGGACGGCAAGGACGCCCCCCCGCCCGAUGAGGAAGACAUCACCUCUGAAAAAGGUACGGUCGCACUCACACGCAGGCGCACACACAAACACACAUCUCACAUGCACGUGUAUGUGUUGGUUUCUCAGAUGAACUCUAGACAGACAGACAUACAGACCGGGGCAAGCGCAUGUGUGCGGUGCGGUGUGAAUAGACGGACGACGCGAGCCAGCGGUGCUUCGGUAGGGAGACAGGCGGACAGACAGAUGUGAGGAGAUGUGAAUACAGCCGACGGACGAAGAAGAAAAAAGAAGAUAGCGCGUGUAGCUAGCUAGCUCGCUCGGUCGGCGAAGCACGAGACGGACCUGCGUAGUAGUGCGUGAGUGUGUGUGAGAGGCUUUAUGUGUGUCUCUGUUUGCCUAUCAAGCCAAUUAAGGGGAUCUGCCUGUCUGUGGGCGGGACUCAUUCAUGCGUGCGUGCGUGUGGUGCUCAGUGCAUCUUACACUCUGCCUAAAAUUAAUGCGAGUGUUACUGGCC